AUGGGCGUCAACGUUCGUCUUGUGCUGAUUGUAAUCAUUGGUUGUGGAAUAACGGUUCAGGUUGGUAACGGGGCCUUAGGCUUGGGCUUAUUCGGCUUAGGCCUAUUAGGCUUAAGCUUAUUAGGCUUAGGCUAAUUGGGGUUAGACUAUUAGGCUUAGUCUAAUUGGGGUUAGGCUAUUAGGCGUAGGCUUGUUAGGAUUUAGGCUUCAGCUUAUUAAGGCUUUAGGAGAUAAGCCUUAGGAUUCCUUCGGGUCUUUCUCAAGCAAUUUCCAAUUUUUUCCCCUAAUUUUCGAAAUUUUCUCCAAACUCACUGAAAAUGGCCAUUUUCCACAUUUUUCAAAAAUCGAAAAAUGACAAGAAAUUCAAAAUUUUCACGUCAUCAAAUAAUCCACGUCAUAGUUCACGUUUUUUUUGUUUUCGGUGCCACCAGAAUUGAUUUCUGGCUAGGAAAAAAUUCAAAAUAUUUCGUUUGCCCCGAAUAUUAUACGUUUCAAAAAAUCGCCAAAAUAUUGUUCAUCUAGAGUACCGUGAUUGAUAAGUACACGGUCCGUCUUUCAACAAAAUCGUUUUGCAGAAGGAGUCCGAAAACGGAGAUUCGUCUAUAAAACCGUCGAUAGCGAUCGUCGGCGCCGGCAUUUCGGGAUUGUCCACCGCGCGUCGACUGAUUGAACUUGGAGUGGAUGAAUUCGACAUCUAUGAGGGUGCCGAUAGAAUUGGCGGACGCAUACACGCAAUUCCAUACAGUACGUUUUGCCACGUCAUAACUAUAUGGGUUGUGAACCCUAUCCUUAUCAGUUUUACUCCCAGAAAAAAAGUCCAAAGGUCAACAAUUUUCUUGCAGAAGAUGGUUAUCUACAAAUGGGUGCACAAUUCAUAAAUGGCGCCGAAAACCCAUUAUACAAGAUUGCAAAUCGGUUAGGAUUGAUAGCCGACAUUGUAUCAGAUACCGCGCACGUGGAUAAUGCGAAAUACGUCUAUGGAAAUCAAAAAGUGGAUCCAAAAGAUAUCGCGACUUUUCUCGAAUUCACUCAAAAACUUGAUCCGAAAUAUCGGAAAAUUGCGAAAUUCGAUGAGAAAACCGCGAGACGAUAUACUUUCAAGGAAAUAUUCACAAUGGAUUAUAUGAAUUUUUUGAAACAACGGAAUGUUACUAUUGAUCAGAGGAAUGUGUUUGACUCAUUGGUUCGAUCGUUUAGAAGUUAUUGGGAAUUUGAGUGGGCGGCGGAUUGGAGCACGGUGAGUUAAAGGGAUAGGAAAUUUAAUUUUAGAAAAAUCAGAGGCGUCAAAAAAUCCUGUAAUAUCCCAGAUUUCCGUGGCGAAAGUUAGACAAACUUGGUCUCAAAAUGAUCAGAAUUUUGAAAUUAACACCGACUUCGAGAAAAUUAGCAUCGACAUUGAUUUUAAAGCCCGAAAUUGAGCCAAAACUAGUAAAUUUCAGUAGAGGUCAUCAAAUUUGAACAUUGGUGAAUAAAAACCGACCGAAAAUUCGAUAAAAACUGAUUUGGGACUUGAAAUUCGAAAGGUAAACCAGAAUUCGAAGCCAAAAAGAUCGGGCGAAUUUUUUAACAUUGUAAUGUGCACUAAAACUUGGCGGGAAGAAAUAAGUCACCAAAAACCACCAAAAAUCAAGAAGCUUCACAAAAAAAAAAACCGAAUCCCCUGAAUUUCCAGCUCAGCGUACAUGUUCUCAAAGAAUGGAACGACUACGGUCCCGAAUGCGAAUCGUUCGCCACCAACAAAAUCGGCUUCAAAGCCAUUCUCGACGACAUUUCCCACCCAAUUCCCCGCCACAAUUUCAAAUUCCAAACCCGCGUGGAAAAUAUUGAGUUAAAUCAAGACACCGGUAAACUUCGAAUCACCACGAAUUACGGAAAAGUCCGGGGGGAAUAUGACUAUGUCAUAGUUACCUCAAGUCUGGGAGUGUUGAAGAAAUACCACCAUAAAAUGUUCACUCCACCGCUUCCCCGCCAGAAAAUCGAGGCGAUAGAGAAAAUCGGAUUUGGUGGAUCGUGCAAAGUGUUCUUUGAGUGGGAACAACCGUUUUGGACGAAUGAGACUUAUUCAAUCGUACCACUUCCUGUAAAAGGAAUGAUGGGAAAGGAGAAACUAGACACUUUCGAGGAAGAAACUACAGUAUUACAAGUUAUGGAUUGGGCGCCAAAUGUGUUGAGUGCUUGGUAUGCUGGUAGAGGUCAUCAAUAUAUUGACAAUUUAUCGGAAGAAGAGCUCAAAGUGAAAAUGACGAAACUGAUGAGAGAGAUGUACAAUGAUCCGAACAUACCAGAACCUUCCAAGAUUAUCAGGUAGGGUUUCGAGAUAAUUAGCUAUUUAAUUAAUUAAUUAUAGAACAACGUUGACGAAAAACGAGCUGCUUUUGGGGUCUUACUCAUACAUGACUCAAGUUCAAGCGCUCUCCAGAAUUUCGCAUUCUCAAUUGGCGAUUCCGGUGAAGCUGGAGGGGCGGCCAAAGAUUUUGUUUGCUGGAGAAGCUACACAUCAUAGGUAAGGCUUUUGGGAAAGAAAAUUGGAUUUUUCGGGAAAAAAAUCGAUAGAUUUGGUUAUGAAUUUUUAAUUUGUGAAAUUUUUUAGUUUUAAAAUUUUUUAUUAAAAAGUUCGAUUUUCUUUGAAAAAUUUCAUAAUGGCCUAGAAAUCCAAAAUAAUCGGAAAUAUGGAUUUCUAGGCCACCAAGUUUUUCAUGGCUUAGAAAUCCAGAACUUGAUGAAAACUGGAUUUCUAGUCCUCAAGAAGCUAGGAGAUUUUGUGGCCUAGAAACCACAGAACAAAGUUUUAGGCCGUAUCAGUCUUGAUAGCCUAGAAAACCGAAAUAUUUAGAAUUUUGGAUUUCUAGGCCAUGAAGGUCUUUGGGGCCUAGAAAACCAGCAUUUUGAAAAAUUUGGAUUUCUAGGCCAUGAAAGUCAUCAAGUCUCGAUGGCCUAGAGAACCAAAAUCAUUAGAAAUUUGGAUUUCUAGGUCACUAAGACCUCCAAAGAGCCUAGAAAUCCAAAAACAUUGAAAAAUCUGUAGAAAUUCCAAAUUUUUGCAGAAAAAUAUGAAUUCACAUUCAAAAUUUUCAAAUUUUCAUCAUUUUCAUUCCCCAAAAAACUCACAUCAACAUCCAUGAUUUGCAGACUCUUCCAAACAACAAUCGGCGGUUUUUUGAGCGGAAGACGUGAGGCGGAUCGAGCUUUCAGCGAUUUUCAGCGAAACCUGAAUAUAUCCAAAAAUUGUAUGGAUUCUUCUGAUGCGAAACUUCAAGAUUCGAAAAUUUUCGAUUUUUCGAAAUCUUUGACAGUUUCUGGAUCUGAAACUAAAUUAAUUUGA